AGUAGGUAGUAUGUUGAAGGAAGAGGGACAACAGGAGGAGACCGAUGGGGCCAGACUCCCUCUCUCUCUCUGUGUGUCUGUCUGUCUGUGAGCUUCUGUUUAUUUACCGCUGAGUGCGACAGUCUCUUGGCCUGACUGAGAAGCAGCGAGAGAAGAGGAGAAACAGCAUGACAGCCCUCCGGAUUCUGUCUGUGUCUGCACUGAUGUGUCAGAUGUCCAUCACUGCGUCUCUGCACUGGAGGAAAGCUCUGUUCCCAUCAGCCUUCAGAGUGAAGCGAGGGACGCCAGCGCUGCUCAACCCCACGUUUCAGAAAUCAGCGGAGGACACCGGCCUUCUGUAUGAGGUGUUGUGGUCAGGAGGGUACAUGGACGCGGUGAACGGGACGCUCCACAUAUCCGAUCAGGAGCUGGCGUCCAUGAGGAAGCUAAAGGUUCUGGAGGUCCUGUGUGAGGACGUGCUUCCCAGAAGCCUCUCUGAGAUCCAGCGGCUCAGUGCUCAGCUGGAGCUGCGGCGUGGCUCGCUGCGCAUGGACGAGUUUGAGCGCACCGUCCUCACCAUGGUGUUCACCGCUCAGCAGCUCCCACGCACCAGCCCCGGCCACCAGAGAGAGCUGUGGGCGAACACACUCCUGCGACUCUAUAAAGCCAUCAAAGGAGACCUGCGGCCUGCAGAUGACUGACACACACACCAAGACGAGCGUCUGCAGUGCUUCUCAACUGGGGUUUGGGCUGCACGACAGUCCCAGCUAACAGGGAACGUUCUGGCAAGCUUCUCCUCCAGUUGCAUGAACAGUAGCCUGCAUUCAUUCAAAGUUUAACUGGUCUUUAAUAAGAAUAUCUAAACAUUAGCACAGUCAUUGUUCAUAGACGUUUUUCUGAAACAUUUUAGUUGGAUGUUCAUCUAACUUUUUGUUUCCGUAAUGUUUGCAAAAUGAUCAAAUGGAACAUUCCCUCAAUCUUUUCUCUAGCAUUCACUUAACCAAGAAAAUGUUUAAAAUGUUAGGAAUGUUGAGAGAACAUUGAGAUAAUGUUUGAUAACUAAUCUGGAAUGUUAGAAAAAUGUUACUUGAACAGAAUUUUGUUGGCUGGGGUUUUUAGAGGAAAAACAAUGCCAAAUGCAAAUAAUAAAUGCUGCUAAGCAUAUAAUCGUAUAGGGCCAAAUUAGAAGAUUGCAAUGCAAUUUAUAUUUAUUUUACAUAUUGUUUGUAAAAUUAUAAAUAAAUCAUUUGAAAAUAAAUGAUUAUAAAUGUAUUUUAACUUGAAAAAAAUCUGUAAAAUAAACAGAUAGCAACUUUUAAU